GGCAUCGGAGGUACGUUCUGUUUGCCGUGAAAUCGAAGCAAUCGUUGGAAAUUUUUGUAGCACUCUCAUUCUGGUGAAAAUUUUCUUACGACGCGGACUCUAUCGCAUUUUUUCGGUUCGAAAAUGAUCAAGGAACUGUUUCCUCCAGUGGAACCCAAAGCGGACACUCCGAGAUUUGUUCCGGCGAAUGGCUCACCGGCAAAUUGUGGCGGCGGCUCCCAAAAGGCACUGGUGCUGACUGCGAACAAGUGGAAACAGCUGCUGUCCACUGCCACCGGUGGUCCAAGUCGGCGCCCUGAAACGGCCCAUACAGUCUCGCUGUCCCGGCACAAGCAGUACCUGAAGGAGGAGUCCCAGGCGAUGACCCGGAAGUGGGAAAACACGGUGCAGAACAUACGCGAGAAGAAGGAAGCGGAGCGGGUGCGAAAACAGCUGGAACGAGUGACUGAAGACGAAAAACACUACCGUGAAUUGCAAGUGGCGGAUGAGGUUCAACGGAAACAGUUGAUUCAAAAGGCAGAGGAAAUGAUCCAGAAGGAAAAGGAAGGACCACGCGUUCUGGAAAGUACGGCCAAACUUUGCGAGGUUUUGAAGGCUCGUGAGCAGCAGCGGAAAUUUCGGACGGAACAGGAGGCGCUACAAGAAGCACGCAGGAAACAACUUGACCAACAGGACAUUGCCCAGGCAAACCGGUGGUUAAUGUCUCACGCUGAGCGACACAUCGAGGACCGUAGGCGAUUCGAUGGCUACAAGAAGGAGUUGAAGCAAAAGAUCGAACAAGAUCGCGAGGAACAACGGCGCCAGCGAAAUUUUAUGGUGGACCAAGAGCGAAAGCAACAUCAAGCACUUCAGGACGACAUCAACCGACAGUUGGAGCAGGAAAAGAGUAUGUUUGAGCGAAACAAGGAAGCACGCAGGAAGUUGGCAAUCGAGUCGAUGCGGAUGGCUCAAGAACGUGAGGAGAGACUCAAGCGCGAGUCCGCAAUUGAAGACACUCUGAACCAGAUUUACAACGAGGGCCAAAAGACGAUUGCAGAAAAACGCAAGGAGAUCCACGUGAACAAGCACAAAUUCCGCGACAACACACAUCUGCUUAAGGACAGCGUUGAGAAACAGGAACAUAUGUACGCAGAGGAAGCGCAAAUUCGCGACAAAGUGAUAAAGGAGAAGGAAGCGGAAGCUCUGGCAAAGGAACGUGAACGCAUAGAACAGCUGAGACAAGCAAAAUUCGCUCGCAUCCAAGCUCAUCUGACGGAAAUGGAGUGGAAAAAGCAGAAAGAAGCCGAACAGGCCGAGCUUGAGCGUAAGGAAAUGGCCGAUCGUUUGAAGAACCUGGACGUUACCUUUGGCUUUGAUCGCCGCAAGGUCACUGCGAAGACGAUCGAUACCAACGUUAAGCGCAAGCUGUUGCUCGAUCAGGCAGAUGAAAAAGAAGCUCGCGACAAAAAAGCGGCUGACACGCGACUUGAGCUGCAGUUUGUGAAGGAUGACGCGGAGAAAGAAAACAAGCAUUUUCUCAAGUACGCCGACGAGCUGGUCUCGGACGCAAAGGCCAAGGGACGGCCAGUUCUUCCGCUGCUCAAAACUGUCCAAGGCUAUAAACGUGAGCACUACUUUGACUUCAAGGAGCAAGACUUUAUUCCGCGGCACCUGGUUUCGCGAGUUCCCAUCAACAACAAGCUCGCAAAUCAUUCUCAGCAGUGUCAACCACCGGUUUUAGUCGAUGAUGCCAUUAUCGAAAUGACCCCGGCGAUGCCCCCGAUCCGAGUCCGUUACGAUCCGGAACAGCUCAAGCACAUGAACCCGUACAAGAAUCAACAAAAAUAGGUUAUUUUCCUUUCGUUUUAAUCAUGAAAUUACAACCGAUUUGUGACUCA